GGCAACCAAGCACCGUUUCCAUGGAGACGAAUCAGGAGAAACAUCUAGAUCCGGAUUUGAUACAGAUAUUGGACCCACCGGAAGUGCUUUAUACCGGAAUGUGGCUUACGGUGGAAUAUAGAUGUUCAAAAGACAGAAUAAUUGGACUAGAAGUUACCGGAAGUUUAGACAAACGAAAAGAGGAAAGAAAACUCUUUAGAAAAGCAUGGAAGUGCAAUCCGGAAAAUAACAAUAUAAAGAAAAAACGAGUGAAGUUAAAAUUUCCGGAUAGUGUAGGGUUUAGACAGGAUUUAUUUAACACACAGAUAACAUUAGUGAAUUCACCGAAAUUAAAAGCGUGGAAUUUGGAUCCAGUAUGGUGGCCUAGUUGUCGGAAGUACCAUAAUGCAUAUUGGAGAUCUAGGGUUAAAGUUUCUUAUGAUGUGAAAUUACCUCAUCCACAUGCUAGGCGAUCCAAGGGCGGAUUCAACUCAUGUCCGAAAUGGCCUUUGCUAUAUUUAGCUGAGGCACAGGUGAAAACGAUAGAGAUGUGCCGAAGGGAACCUGAAUACAUUCACACCAUCAACUUCCCUGUUGCAAUCAACGGACUUUCUUACGGAGUUGUGCGGAAAUUCCCGAAAUAUAACGACAGUAUUCUAGAAAAUGCUCGGAAAAAAUCGUUCCGGAAACCAGUAUUUACCCUGUCCAUGUGGGUAUACAUCCUAGAUUACUGUAAGUUCUCAAACACGGGACUGUGUAGUCUAAUGUAUCACGUGACCUGGAACUCCACCUUCCUUUCCCCACUGGUGUUUGUUAACCGGAAAGGUCAGCUACAUAUCCAGAUGAGCGAUGAGGAUCGUAAUACUCUAGCGGCCGUCACGGACCUCAGAGUUCCCCGUAAACAGUGGUUCAGACUCAUACUGGCUUUCUCCAGGAAUCACUGGAAGCUAACAAUCACACAAGGGAAACAUUUCAAUGAAACAACUGUGACGUCAUACAAAGUUCCCGGAGUCACAUUCAUGGAUGACACGGAGGGGCUGUUUGUAUUUGGCGCGUUCGAUUCGACACCUUCCUUCAAGGGAUACAUCGGACAGGCGACCUUCUACCGGAACAGACUGUUGCGAUCCGAAGAGAUUCCUCUGCCGAGUCCUUAUCACGCCAUGUUUGAGCUGGAACUCUCGCGGAGGACGACACGGUGCGAGAGGUUCCAGGAGUGGGUGUAUGGUCGGAGCGCGUUCUAUAGACAACAGGUCAAGUCGGCGCGGCGAGCAGAACAGUGCCACACAUAUUUCUCCAACCUUUGGAGGGGGAUCCUGAUGAAGAUGUACGAUGAGGAUUUUUCCAGCCGCUGUAACAAGUUUGGGGAGCCAAAAUCAAAACUCUAUGGCUACAUGGACAUACUGAUCAAACGAUAUAUCUAUAAAGGCAGGUUCCCAUCACCGAAACAGAUCGGCGAAAAACUUUACAACAAAGCCGUCAAAUUUAUGGACAUUGGUUUUAGUCACGUGAGACGUGCCAUACCAUUGUUGAAGCAAGCCAGUUGCUAUGACAACCAUGACGCCAUGUACAUGUUGGCAACUUUGCUUAACAAUGGGGUCAAGGUGAAGGCUGACGAGCGGCAGGCCCAGGCUUACUUGAUGAAAGGUUGUCUGGAGAAACACCGCCUUUGCUGUCUGGCCUUAGCACACAAACACAGAUACGGACUUGACGGGGUCCCACAGGACAUGGAACAGGCUUACGUGUAUUAUAAGUAUGUCGCCGACACUGUAAGGGUGGACAAGGAAACACACAAAGAAACGGACGUACUGACAGAGUCGGUUAGACUAACGGACGAGGAACAGCUUCGUGAACAGACAGAUGAGGAUGGCGAUGUGUUUCAGUGGCUGAAACACCAGGCUAGCAACGGUGUCUUCUCUGCUCAGCAACACAUGGCACGUGCGUUGUUUUGGGGCUCACAGGGUUUGAAGCGGAACAUGGCGGCUGCUACAGAGUACUUCCGGUUAGGAGCGGAAACACAGGACCCUCAGGCCAUGUAUGACUACGGGAUUAUACUGCUGAAGGGUCAAGGGAGCAAAAAGAACAAAACAGAGGGUCUCCAGCAUAUACAGGCCAGUGCGGACAAGAGAAACCCAUCAGCUUUGAAUGCUCUUGGGUGGUACGCUCAUAACUUUGACAAAAAUAUGACAGCGGCUGUGUACUACUUCGAGAAGGCAUACAGGGGAGGUAAUGCAGAUGCUGCUUACAACCUUGGAUUAUUUCAUCUUAACGGAGAAUAUCCAGGGAAAAUCCCAGAUUAGGAUACCGCCCUGGAUUACUUUAACUACGCAGCCACCAGAAACCAGAUCGACGCCGGUGUGUUUGUAUCCUAUCUGAAUAUGAAGGGUACUCGUUUGCGGGGCCGGCAGGUGUACGUGGCCACAGAAUGGGCCCGAUUCAUUGCUGAAAAAAACCCGGCUCUUGGUUUCGUCCUCAGGAAAGGAUUAAAAGCCUUCAGAAUUGGUGACAAACCAGUUGCCCUUCUCUACUAUAUGAUGGCUGCUGAUGCUGGAAUAGAGGCGGGAUCCUUUAACCUGGCCUGGCUCUGUGAUGAAAAUCAGGACGGAAUUGUCAGUUUCAUAGAGAAGGAGUGCCAAUGGCGACAGUAUAAUAUCACUACUCAGAGAGAACAACAGUUCAUUGACCCAUACGCUCUGAUUAAGAUGGGGGAUUACUACUGGUAUGGCUGUGGAGGUAACAGAGACCCCAGGAAAGCGGCCGAUAUGUACUCACAAGCUGCUAAGAAAAAGGACCCUCAUGCAAUAUUUAAUUUAGGUUUGAUGUUGGAGGAAGGGGCUAAAAUACACCCGUCUGUCUGGAGGUCUCUUCGUAUCUCAAAAGAGGACCAGGCCAGUAAUUUCACCUUACUCACAACCAUUUACAGAAAAUGCCGAGAUUCUCCGAAAACUGAGGCGUACUUACCGUGCACCAUGGCACUUUACCGAGUACAUUUCCUGGCGGCCUGGAACAAAUACAACAACAUCAUACAGGUGGUCAGUUUUGUACUGUCCGGUAUUGUAACCGUCCUCAGCUUUCGUCAUAUUGUCCGGUCAUUGAGAGAGAACCGUCGUCCUGCAGAACUUGAUAUCUUGUGAUAUGACAGUAUACUGUGAUACACAUUCUGACAUCACACAGCGGCAACAACCAGUGCCUGAAUGUUGUCUCGAAGUCAAGUAUUAUCCGACACUGAUAAAUGCAGGUGACCAGAUCUACUUAUCUCGAAUUUUAACUAGAACGUUCUUAAUUAUUUGCAUUCCUCUGAACUGUUUGUAUUAACUUUUAUCAUUUGUUCAUUCAUUUCAGUCAGUUCAGGAAAUCGAAUAUGUUUUUUCCAUGGUUGAAUGAGUUUCCCUUUAAGUUACUUGGUUUUGUAUUUGUCAUAACGCUUUUGUGAGACUUAUGUCCAGUAUCAUAUGCUUGCUAUGAUUUAAUUAUAAAUAUUGUCAGGAAUAUUUCUGGAAUUAGACUGCCGAGCAUAGGAAUCAUCGGAUUUCCCUAAAUGUGAUAAUCAAGCAAAGCAAAGUUGUUUUUUCUUCUUCUUCUUCUUUUUUUUUUUUUUUUGUAAAUGCUGAAAACCGUGUACAAUGUUCUUUGUUUUUAGAUAAUUAUAGAUUAGUUCCUUGUCAUAAGAGAUAUACAUCAUACAAUUACAAUAAUCAUUCUGAUGGGGAGAUAUUAGCACAAUCUCGAUGAAUCUCAUGUAGGAACAAAGAAUGCUAUAAUUCACCAAGAAAACGCAAUACAUUAUCUAGUCAAUACAUUGUGUACGGUGCUUGGUUUACGUAAGUAAUUCUAUGGUAUGAUAAAUUGUAUUAUAACAUAUCUCAACUAAAGGUCAUGGGACCUGUUAAUGAAACAAAGCCUUGUUCUUUGUUUCUUGCCAACAUUUGUUACUAUUUUGUAUCAUUCAGUAUUUAUUUUCUGCAUGAUGAGGUACCGGAAGGGUAUUUUUGAAAUUUCCCCGUUAUCCAUAGAUAUGUCCAUUUGAUUAUAAGUCUGAUCAGACAAAAACAAAUGGCUUUCAGAGGGACAUAUUGAAAUGUAUUGGUGUAACUUAUAAUUUCUCUGACAGUUCCUAGAUAAAUCAGUUCUCAUAUUACACGUGUACGUUCUACUCGAUCAAAUGAUAAAGACAAAAAGAGGAGGAAACAUGAGAAAAGUAGAGAAAGAAUAAGUCUUACAUAGUCCAAAUAAUUAUUAUUUAAUGUUGGACACCAAGGUCCCUCUGGGAUCUCUAGUUUCACUAGAUGCGACUUUGCAGCACGCACUGUUGUAGAGCAUCUCAUUGUUGUAAGAUUUUCCUAUGGGUUAUAAGGGUUGCCUCCCUUCGUGUAACUCUCUAUUUGAGUGUUAAGAAACGUUUACACUUGCAUCACAUGUUGAUAAGGUGAAUUAGACUAUUAUAGAACAAUUUAAGAUAGUGAUUGAUGUGUUAUUUCUCAAAAAUAUGUACAUUAUAAAUAAAUUAGCAAUACUUAUGCUGUGUACCUUGUAACAUAGUAUACCAUUGACUCAUAUUUCAAUAUAUUAAUGUAUUUUGUUUCUUUUAUUAAAUAAUCUUACGAUACGUGGCAUCAAGGUAUCGCCCCAACAAGACCUCUGAUAACUGAGAUGUAAUUACCAUGUAGAUGUAAGACAGAGUUUAAAUGCUUAUUUGGUAGCCGUCUUAGUGUAUGUUUAUUGGCUUAUUCUGUUCAGAUAUACUUAUUUUGAUUUUUUUUUCAGUUUGAUAAUCUCUAGUCAUUAUUGAAAGAUCGAAUUACGUAUCAAAUUAUUGUGAUAACCGUUUGUUACAUUUUGUUGUUUUUUGUUAUUUUUUUUUCAUAGUUUUCCCCCAUUUUAUUUUAAUCAAACAAACAUUCGACACACACGUUUUCAAUUAAAUAGUGCAAAUAGUGCUGUAAGUAUUCGCCAUGUUGUUAUUUGUAAAUAUUGUUUGCCUCUAAAAUUUUAAAAAUCUUGAUGUUCUGCUCAACCUUUGUUACUUUUUCAUUUCAUGUUAUCAAUCAUUCUGGUAAAUCGGGUAUAUUUGUUUGUAGUUUUAAUGAGGUUUUCUCACUGAUUCGUCAUUUCUGGCUUUGAUUUUGUUUUACAAUAGCAUUAUGAUCAAUGUGUUGAUGUUUGUCUUUCAGUAUUUUCAUGCUUCAUUGCAUUCGCUGUUGCUCAUAUCAAAAUGUUACAACGACCAAUAUUUUUGCUUAACAAAACAUAAAUUACUUCCAUUUAUCAUUAAUAUGCUGUUGUAAGAUUCUUGGUGGGUUCGCUACUCGUCUUCCUUAGAGUGUCUGUACUAUUACACACUCGUUAGUACAUUGGUGAUUUUGAUUGACAAUCAUGAUCCAGAUUAUGUAUAGUUGUGUAUAUAUACAUCAUCAUUGCUGUCAAGCAUUGUUACAGUUAUAGCAUUGUACAAAUAUAAAGUAAUAACCUCAUAAUUGUACGAAAUGUCAUCGAAAUAUAUUCUGUAUUUGAUUGACAAUCUAUGCAGUGAUAUUGCGUUUACUGUUUCUGUUCAGUAUAGAUAAUAAGUUGCAGUAGAUAUGACCUUUAACACUGUAGUAUACGUCACAUACCAAAACGUCAUGUCUGAUAUUUCAGAAUUCACUGAACAAGCAUUUCCUUAUCUUAAUUGACCUUCAAAUCUUACAACUCCCACAAGAUUUUAUUUUUUAGGAUUUUUUGCAUUUUUUCUUUACUUGUUUAAUUUUGUUUCUGUUUUCAUUUUCGUGAAACAGUCCUGGUGACUUUUUACACCUCUGAAAUAAUUGUGUUGUUAUAUUCUAACACCUCUUCAUUUUCGCGUGAGAUUGAUAUUCAUCAUAAAUAUUAAUCGUAAACUUGCAUAUAUUGAUGCAAUGUAAUUUAGCAUUUAACUGAGUAGUUUUCGCCUUUAACUGAGUAAGAUUUGCGGUUACAUGAGUAAAAGCGGUUACUUAACGGUUAACUGAGUAAAAUUGGAGGUUAACUUACUAAUAGUGGUUAACCGAGUAAAUUUAACGGUUAACUAAAUCAGCGUCAUGUUGAAUUCGUACUGCCCUAGGUAUGGUAAUUAAUGUCUGAUAACUCGAUUAUAAUUCAGCGGAAUACUUCUAACGCGAAAAUUUCCAAAAUACGAUUAUCGCUAAAACAUACAAAUCUUUCCCGAAUCUUAUUCCGUGUUUUUGUUUACUUUUAUUAACUAACGCCAUUCCAGUUAUGAUCCAGUGAAUUUAUAAACGAUUUUAAUUUAUCUCUGUUUUGUGAAUGAUAUCGCUAGAUAGUUUCUUUUUUUAUCUGAAAAUGUAUUUUCCAUUGUUUAGAUAAGUUAAUCAUGACUAUUGUGUAGAAUAUAACGAGUUUCUUACUUACAUUGUUUUCUUACUCUAUGGCGCAAAAUAUCGAUGGACGAAAAUAUAUCAUGACGACUUACUUUUAAGGGUAUACUUGUGCUUUGUCAUUUUCAUUCAAUAGAAAAAAUGUUCCUUUAUGAUGCCUUCAAAGUAUGAUUUGCCAAAUGUUUGUUUGUUCGUGAAAAUAAUCCAAUAAUAUUGACCUCACGUCACAUUCGAUGUACAUGUACUUAACAUUAUGUACCUUCAUGGACUUGCUUGAAAUAUGUUCAGUUUUAUUUUUCAGACGUUUAAAAUACAGUUAAUUUUGUUUUCUAAAUAAAUGGUUGGUAAAUGAAA